AUGAACACCUGCACGAAGCUGAGAUAGAUACGGAGCGUCGCAUUAUCCAAUCGCGCAACACCCAACGCGCGAUCCCAGUCGCAUUUUCAUCCCAUCCCUCCAUCCCAAAGCCGAGGCUGCGAAGAUAUACCACCGACGAGAACAGGACGAUGAAUCCACGCUCGCCCUCCUCCUCGACGGCAGCAACAGCAGCAGCAGUAGCAGGAACUGGAUACCCGCCGCACAAGCGCGCCCGCCACGAUUCACCAGCACCCAAGAGCCCGAAGAGCGUGCUGGAGGAGCUCGAGACGCCUGCUGCAGUCGAGAAGGGCGCUGGCAAGGCGGGCCAGAGCAGCAGUUUUCGAAAUGUCAGCGCGUGUAAUAGGUGUCGGUUACGGAAGAAUAGGUGUGAUCAGCGGUUGCCGUCGUGUGCCAGUUGCGAGAAGGCGAGCGUGAAGUGUGUGGGGUACGAUCCUAUUACCAAGAGGGAGAUUCCCAGGAGUUAUGUGUUCUACCUAGAAACUAGAGUGGGAAACCUCGAACGGCUCCUCCAAGAGCAUAGUAUCCCGUUCCCGCCAGCAGAUGUCCUCGAUCACUCCUCUCGUCCUGGUCCGGACCCCACUACUGUCCAGACACCAAGCGAUGACGGCAGACCGAUAUUCAAUGGCACAGAUCCAUCCAUAACAUCCUCGCUCAAACAAUCGCCCCAGGAAGCAGCAUGGAACAAGAAACAAGACGAGUCCGAGAAACUGAAUAAGCUAGUCUCGAACGUAGGCAGUAUUUCCGUCCAAGGCGCCUCAGACUCCAGAUACCUGGGCUCUACAUCCGGUAUCUCGUUCGCGAGAGUAGUAUUCGCAGCAGUAAAGAGCUCAGUAUCGGGAACCAACAGCGAUAAAUCGGGCGUGCGUCCCUCUCGGCCUCCUAUACCUGCCAAAGCAGCAGCAGCAGGACCGAACGGGACGUCGAUGCGCGAUUCGUUCUUUGGGCUACACACCAAACCUACGAUCAAGCAGGCUCCGUUCCCGAGCAAGGAGGUCGGGAGACGGUUAGUCGAGUUCUAUUUCGAGCAUGCGAAUCCGCAAAUCCCUAUCUUGCACAGAGGCGAGUUUAGCAAGAUGUUUGAGGCGGCGUAUGAGGAGGGGGAUAGGAGGGUGAGGACUAGUAGGGAGCUGUAUAUGCUGAAUAUGGUGUUUGCGAUUGGGUCAGGCAUCUUCCUGGGCGAUCAUGGGGAGAGGGAGAAGGAGAAGGAGGAGAGGGAUAAGAGGAGGAGUGGGCUGGAUAAACAGUGUCAGCCGGAGGAAUAUCAUGCGAGUGCGAUUGUGCAUCUGGAAGCUUGUCUCAGUUCUUCGAGUACGUCGAUUAUUGGGAUUGAAGGGUUUGGUGGCGGGUUGGAGGAGUUGCAGGCAGUGCUAUUACUUGCUGGUUUUGCGCUGCUCAGACCAGUUGCGCCAGGCUUGUGGUAUAUUAUCGGGGUGGCUGUACGAUUAGCUGUUGAUCUGGGGUUGCAUUAUGAGGAUGGGAAAGAUCUCGAUGUCGGACUCGAAGAUAUGCCAGAGGAGAAAGCGGGUGAUCCUGAAUUGGUCAAGAUGCAGAGAGAGAAAAGUGCCAGAGAACGAGGGAGGAGGGAAUAUGUUCGUGAUUUCAGACGACGGCUAUGGUGGUGUACUUACUCAUUCGAUCGUCUGGUCUCGACAUGUGUUGGACGACCAUUUGGGAUUACAGAUCAGGUUGUUACGACGGAAUUCCCUUCGCUACUGGACGACAAGUAUAUUACCCCUUCUGGAUUCAUGGUACCUACCGGUGGACCUGGAGAGCCGAGUUACAAGCAUGCUGCUUAUCAUUACUUUCGUCUCAGAUUGUUGCAAUCCGAGAUCCUGCAAGUUUUACAACACCAGCAAGCACAACAAGCUCGAGCUACGGGGGCGAAUCAGCAGAAUCCGUUUAUGCAUACGACAUUACCGUCUCCGUUCCUAUCGAAGUUCGAUUCUUUCCGGUCAUGGCGGAUCGAUAUCGAUAAGCGGUUGUGGGAGUGGAAGACUUCGGCGCCGACAAGGAAAGAGACUGGUGUUGGAUUCUCAGUCGAGUUUCUAGAGUUGAAUUACUGGCAGUGCGUGAUUAUGCUUUAUCGGCAGAGCCUGAGUGUGCCGACUCCUUUCGAGGGAGAGUUCAACACUAGUGACGAAGUCAAUAGUCCGAAUGUGCACAAUGUGGAGCUGAGAGAAGACGAAGAGAGAGUGUUCUUGAAAGUUGCAGAAGCAGGACAGAGGGUUUUGAGAUUGUAUAGACAGUUGCAUCGGGUGCAUCUUGUCAACUAUACUUUCUUGGCGACUCAUCAUCUGUUUAUGGCGGGCAUUUCGUUCUUGUAUGCUAUCUGGCAUUCGUCUAUUGUCAGGAGCCGUUUGACAAUGGAUGAGGUAGACUUCACCAUCUUAGCAGCAACAUCCGUCCUUGGCGAUCUCAUCGAGAAAUGUCCACCUGCAGAAGCAUGUCGAGAUGCAUUCGACAGAAUGUCCAAAGCUACAGUCCAGAUGUGCAUGUCAACCACGGGCUUCGGCUCCUCAGCCCAUGGCCUAAAUUCUCGUCAACGCUCGCAUUCUCAAAACCAAAGGCACACCCAAUCCGAAUCGGGACCAGGAUCUGCCGACUAUUUCUCCAAAUCAGCACGUCGACAAAGUCGAGGUCCACAUGGUCCACCCAGACCAAAACCUCAAUUCGACAUGGCCUUAAACGAUCUUCUCGGCCCAGUAUCAACAUCCCAACAAUCCCCCUCGACACCCACCCAACCACAACCUCAGAACUUCCGUCCCAGAUCCCAAAACAGCGGCGUCAAAAUGGAACUCGACCCCUACGCCAGCAGCAGCACCGCCACACCCCGCCAAACAACAGCCCAACACACAACCUCACCCUCCGACUACGCCAUCUCCCCUCCCCUCUCCCAACUAGACACCUCAGCCAUCGACCCCUCUCUCCUGCCCUCCCCCUCCGCAACAGGCCCCUACGCUGCAGCCGUCCAAUCAACGUACCCCUCAAACCCAUACCAAGAGAUGCAAUUCCCGUUUCAAAACGCCCCAGGAAUGGAUUUCCUGAAUUCCUCAGCCUGGGACACGGGUCUAGGCGGUAAUACGACGAAUGGCGGGAAUGGCGGGAAUAAUUGGAUGGGCGGAGGCGAUCUGGGGAUGGGGUUGGGCAUGGAUAUGCAGUGGAUAGGUGACGGGGUGGAUGGCGAGCAUGAUUUUAGUGAGGGUGGGAAUGGGGGCGUGGAUCUGUUUGAUGGGUUCUUUUUUGGGGGGACGGGGAAUUUUUAGGUUCCUCUGUUUUUCGGGGGAGUAUAUAUCACUACUCGUCUAUUAUUAUUCUUUUUCUUUUGCCUUAAGAAGGAAGAGAU